AUGCCUAGCCGGCAAGAAGUCUCCUACUUUGGAGCUGGUCCAGCUCCUCUCCCGACUACGGUCGUCGAGGCUGGGGCGAAAGCCUUCGUUAACUACAAUGACUGUGGUCUCGGCCUCGGCGAGAUCUCCCACCGUUCCCCCACCGCAAACAAGAUUCUCGAAGACGCAAAGGCCAAUCUAGCCACUCUCCUCGAUAUUCCUGACAACUAUGAGAUUCUGUUUAUGCAGGCUGGUGGCAGUGGCGGGUUCAGCGCUGUUGUGCAGAACCUCGUCUCUGUCUGGAUUGAGCGCCGCCGCCGCAGGGCUGAAACUGAAGUGCAGAAGGCCAACCCUGGCGCUGAGAAGGCUCAGGUCGAUGAACUUGUUUUCCAAAGACUCCAGGCAGAGGUCGAUGAGGAGCUGAAGCUCGAUUAUCUGGUGACUGGAUCUUGGUCGCUGAAGGCUUCGCAGGAAGCUGCCAAGCUCGUGGGCUCAAAAUACGUCAAUGUUGCCCUCGAUGCUCGGAAGGCAAAUGAUGGAAAGUUUGGCAAGAUCCCCGCGGAGGAGACUUGGUCCUUGACCCCCACCAAGCGUGAGGGUGGUAAGGGUUCUGCCUUUGUCUACUUCUGCGACAACGAGACCGUGGAUGGUGUUGAAUUCCCGAGUUUCCCCAAGUCUCUGGAGGCGCAGGGUCAGGAGGAAGAGGAUGAGCGUCUUGUUGUCGCUGAUAUGAGCUCUAACUUUAUCAGCCGCAAGGUUGAUGUCAGCAAGUACGCUGUGAUCUUUGGCGGCGCACAGAAGAACAUUGGUGUUACUGGUAUCACUAUUGCCAUCGUUCGCAAGGAUCUUCUACCUCCUCAGACCGCGACUCCCCCUCCUGCGCUUCUGCACCGGUUGAACAUUGGUGGACUCCCUGGGCCCGUUGUACUUGAUUAUGCCACAAUUGCCAAGAACAACUCCCUAUACAACACACUCCCUAUCUUCAAUCUCUGGAUUGCCGGUCAGGUCAUGGCCGACCUUGUGUCUGCUUUCGGUCUGCAGAAGGUUAGCGGACAGGAGGAGAUUGCCGACAAGAAGGCCGAUCUCAUCUACGGAGCUCUGGACAAGUACCCCCAGGUGUACCAGGUUGUGCCCGACAAGAGUGUCCGUAGCCGCAUGAAUAUUUGCUUCCGUGUCAGCGGCGGCAAUGACGCGAAGGAGAAGGAAUUCCUUGCUGGUGCAGAGAAGCGGUUCCUCCAGGGCCUCAAGGGUCACCGCAGCGUAGGCGGUAUGCGCGCCAGCAACUACAACGCAGUUCCUUUGGAGAACGUGCAGAAGCUGGUGCAGUACCUUGAGGAUUUCGCCACUGGACAAUAG